AAUGUUCAAAGAGAACACCAUUACACGAAUCUCAUUUUGUUUUCAGUUCAAGUCGACAAUGAUGCACCAAAUCAUCUGUGAUUCAUCCUUUCCCGAUUAAGAUUGGAUAUCAAUCUCGUCUGCCCGGUGGCUCCCACCGUUUGCCGGCGUUCUCCGCCGCUGUCACAACCCUUCUUUCUCUCACUCUUGCUGUUCGAUCAAUUUAACCCGACAACAACAGACAAACCAAUUAACUAAGCCAGGAUCAAUCAGCAUAUGAUUCAAUCGCACUCGUUCCAUGGCUACACGUAUCUUCUAUUUACUGAUUGUUUUUACUAUCUACGGCUUCAGUUCUAUCUCAUCUAACCCUAAUUUUGGUGUUUCUUCAACGAUCGAUGAAUCUACAAUUCUUGAUUUCCAUGGAGAUUAUUCGCCGCCGUCGCCUCCACCGCCAUCUCCACCACCACACCCUCCGGCUCUGUCGUGCGAAGAAGAUUUACGAGGAAUCGGGAGUUUAGACACUACGUGUGAACUAAAUAUUAGUACGAUUUUCGUUGCUGAUGUGUAUAUAGAAGGAAAAGGGAACUUUCACAUACUCCCUGGUGUUAAAUUUAAAUGUCUUACUUCUGGAUGUUCGAUAAUUAUCAAUAUUAGUUCUGAGUUUAGAUUAGGGUUGAAUUCAGAGAUAGUAGCAGGGACGCUUCAUGUGACGGCAGGGAAUGCGACAUUUGAAGAGGGUUCAAUCGUUAAUGUUACUGCUAUGGGUGGUGAUCCACCGGAGCAUACAAGUGGCUCGCCUAAAGGGGUGUUUGGUGGUGGUGGAGGGCAUGGUGGGAGAGGUGCUUGUUGUGUUGUGGAUAAUACAAAGCUCCCAGAGGAUGUAUGGGGUGGUGAUGCUUAUGGGUGGUCGGAUUUACCUGAACCCUAUAAUUAUGGAAGCAAAGGUGGGGCGACUAAUAAAGAUGAUGAUUAUGGAGGGAAUGGUGGUGGCAGGGUUUGGGUUGAGGUGGUGGAUGCUGUGGAAGUCAGUGGAAGAAUUUUUGCAGAUGGUGGUGAUGGUGGUGUCAAAGGUGGAGGAGGCUCUGGUGGCAGCAUUUUCGUGAAGUCCCGGAAAAUGACAGGUAGUGGCAUCUUAAGUGCAUCUGGAGGUAAUGGGUUUGGUGGAGGUGCUGGUGGAAGAAUAUCUGUGAAUGUUUUCAGCAGACAUGAUGAUCAAACAUUCUUUGCUCAUGGGGGACAAAGUUAUGGCUGUCCUGCAAACUCUGGUGCUGCAGGGACUUUCUAUGAUGCUGUUCCUAGAAGACUCAGAGUCAACAACCACAACAUGUCAACAGAUACAGAUACACCUUUUUUUGCAUUCCCAAAUCAGCCUCGUUGGACAAGUGUUGAUAUUCAAGAAUAUGCUAAAGCUGCUGUCCCACUACGUUGGAGUCGCGUGCAGGUUCAAGGACAACUUAGUUUAUCAGCUGGAGCAGUUUUAAGCUUUGGUUUACCUCAUGAUGCUGUGUCAGAGUUUGAAUUAAUGGCAGAGGAACUUUUAAUGAGUGAUUCAGUAAUCAAGAUAUAUGGGGCUUUGCGAAUGUCUGUUAAAUUGCACUUGAUGUUGAAUUCCAAAAUGCUUAUAGAUGGUGAUGGUGAGGGUGAUCCAAUUAUUGCCACUUCAUUGCUUGAGGCUAGCAAUUUACUUGUUCUCAAGGGAGGAUCUGUAAUACAAUCAAAUGCAAAUCUUGGUGUUCAUGGUCAAGGUUCAUUGAAUCUGACCGGAGAAGGCAAUGUUAUAGAAGCUCAACAUCUGGUGUUAUCAAUAUUUUGCUGUAUCAAUGUUGAACCUGGGUCAAUGCUAAGAGGUCCAUUAGAGAACACAACUAUUGAUCACUCGGCACAUUGUGAACUGGAGGUUUGCCCAAUGGAAUUAAUUCAUCCACCUGAAGAUUGCAAUGUGAAUUCUUCAUUGUCCUUCACUCUUCAGAUCUGUAGAGUUGAAGAGAUAGUUGUUGAAGGUUCCAUUGAAGGAUCCGUUGUUCAUUUUCAAUGGGUCAGAAGUGUAUUAAUCAAACCAUCUGGAUCAAUAAGUGCUUCUGGAUUAGGCUGCAUUGGUGGAGCGGGGCAAGGAAAAAUGUUGAAUGAUGGUACUAGUGGUGGUGGGGGACAUGGCGGCAGGGGUGGUGAUGGUUACUAUAACAACAGUAUUGUUGUUGAAGGUGGUGUUCCUUAUGGUGAUGCUGAUUUUCCUUGUGAGUUUGGUAGUGGCAGUGGUGAUGAUAGUUUGGGUGGUGCAACUGCUGGUGGUGGUAUCAUAGUGAUGGGGUCAUUGGAGCACUCUCUGUCGAGUUUGUCAAUCUAUGGGUCACUGACAGCUGAUGGAGAAAGUUUUGGGGAAAAUAUAAGAAAACAAGAUGUGAAGCAUGCUGGUGGAGGAUCUGGUGGAAGUGUUCUUCUGUUUGUUGAUAGAUUGACACUUGGUGAUUCAUCUGUAAUCUCAACUGCUGGAGGGUAUGGUAGUCAGAAUGCUGGUGGUGGGGGUGGUGGUAGGAUUCAUUUUCAUUGGUCAGAUAUUACAGUUGGAGAUGAAUAUCAACCUGUCGCUAGUGUUAAUGGAACCAUUAAUAUUGGAGGAGGAAUUGGUAAAGGUCUUGGGCAACCAGGGAAUAAUGGGACUAUCACUGGAAUAGUUUGUCCACAAGGCCUGUAUGGUAUUUUUUGUGAGGAAUGCCCACUUGGCACUUACAAGAAUGUUAGCGGGUCAGAAAGAGAUCUUUGCUAUGAUUGCCCAGCUCUAGAGUUUCCACAUCGUGCCAUUUUUACCCCUGUUCGAGGUGGUGUUUCUGAUGUUCCUUGUCCUUACAAGUGUGUAUCUGAGAGAUACCACAUGCCUCACUGCUAUACAACAUUUGAGGAGUUAAUUUAUACGUUUGGUGGGCCAUGGCUAUUUGGUUGUAUGCUUCUAGUUCCCACUCGACGUGGCUUGCAGUUGGAUCGAUCUGUUCCUUUCUUGGAAUCAUUGAAUGAGGUUCUUGAAACAAAUAGACAUGAGGAAUCCCAGAAUCAUGUCCACAGAAUGUACUUCAUGGGAUCCAAUAGUUUCAGUGAACCUUGGCAUCUCCCUCAUUCCCCUUCAGAACAAGUAGCUGAAAUUGUAUAUGAAGAUGCAUUCAAUAGAUUUGCAGAGGAGAUAAAUUGUUUAGCAGCUUUUCAAUGGUGGGAAGGAUCAUUUUACAACAUCCUUUCUGUGAUUGCAUAUCCAUUUUCAUGGACAUGGCUGCAAUGGUGUCGCAAAAAAAAGAUACAAAGAUUACGUGAAUUUGUUAGAUCAGAAUAUGAUCAUGCGUGCUUGCGUUCAUGCCGUUCCCGUGCUCUCUAUGAGGGACUUAAGGUUUCUGCAACUUCUGAUAUGAUGCUUGCAUAUGUGGAUUUUUUCCUUGGUGGAGAUGAGAAGAGAGACGACCUUCCUCCUUCACUCCAUCAAAGAUUUCCACUCUCUUUAGUUUUUGGAGGAGAUGGAAGUUACAUGGCUCCUUUUGUUCUUCAUAGUGACAAUAUUCUAACAAGCCUCAUGAGUCAGGCUGUGACAUCCACAAUUUGGUACCGAUUAGUUGCUGGUCUAAAUGCACAGCUACGGCUUGUUAGGCGCGAUCAGUUAAAGUCAACUUUCCGACCAAUCAUAAAUUGGCUUGACACGUAUGCAAAUCCAACUUUAAGUGUGCACAGAAUACGCGUUGAUUUAGCUUGCUUUCAGCCUACUGCAUUGGGUUAUUAUCAAUUCGGAUUGGUAGUUUCUGCAGUUGAGUAUCAGCGGGCCCCACCACCUUCAAUUAGCAGUCCACAUGUUCUACCCGAUCCCGAGGUGCAGUCGAGCUAUUUCGUGAAUCAUCGUGGUAAAGUUGAAGAACGUGUCCAUUUCCAAGAGUCUGAACCCUUAAUGACACAUAGAAGAGCAUCUGGAUGGAUUCUAGAUGAUAUUAGCUUAAGAACACUUAGAGAGAACAUGAUGUGGUAUCCUCUAUCAUUUAUCAUAUGCAACACCAAACCAGUUGGUCAUCAGGAUCUUGUUGGGUUGGUGAUAUCUAUUCUUCUUUUAGGAGAUUUUAUACUUGUGUUACUGAUGUUGCUUCAGCUUUACUCAAAUUCCAUGGUGGAUUUAUUUUUGGUGUUAUUUCUUCCCCCUCUCGGUAUUCUCCUCCCAUUUCCAGCUGGAAUUAGCGCUUUAUUUAGUCAUACUCCUAAGCGUUCAUCAGGGCUUGCACGUUUUUAUGCACUCUGGAACAUCACAUCCUUGGUCAAUGUUGUUGUGGCCUUCAUAUGUGGAUAUUUUCAUUACAAGAAUCAACUCCCCCCAAACGACAAUCAUCUAAAUUCUUUGUCCUGGAGCUUAAGCUUGGAUGAUGGUGGAUGGUGGAUGCUUCCAUCUGGAUUGAUGGUGUGUAAAGUUGUACAGGCACAACUAAUUGAUUAUCAUGUGGCUGAUCAAGAAAUUCAAGAUCGAACAUUAUACUGUAAUGAUCCCACUGUUUUUUGGCAGUCGUGAAACAAAACAUAUAUCCACAUUCCUUUUUUUAUUUUUUCUUUUUUUUAUUUGUGUGUGUGUGUGUGUAGUUUAUAAGAAAGAAAGUACAAAAAAAUAUAAAUUUUAAAACAUGAGAGUUACCCAAAAUCAUGAAUACACGUAUAUGCAACGGAUGUAGGUUUAGAGUGUGGGGUCGGAUGACGGGUUUUGAAUGCUGUGUUUACUGUUUAUGUUGUUUUUUUUUGGGUUUGGAAUCUUGCACUGUGUUAGAUGGGUAGGGUUUUGUUGUUUAGUUUUUCACCCAUAUAAGUUUUGG